CUUGGGCGAGGAGGAGGAUUACUAGAUUAUGUACCGUCGCUGGGUCAGGUCGGUAUCGGGUUGUGGAUGGCGGGGUGACCACAACUACCAGUGUGUCGUCUAUGAGGCGAGCAUGUGCCGCGAUUGUUUUGUUGUAAAUGCUAGAGCAGAUCUAAAGGUCGGAAUGGGGUGGUGGUACAAUUGGUGACAUGAAAGAGCAGGUAAGAUAAUCAAGAGAGCAGAAAAAGCACGAUGAGAUGGGAUUGAAUCAAUGCCAACGAAGUUCCCGUUGGCGUGUGGAAA